AUUGACAGCUAAUCUGGUAGCACUGCUUCUUUUCACAAAAAAAAUGUAUACAAGAAAAAAUAAAUAAAAUAAAUUUAAAUAUGAACUUACAAACACUUUUCCAAGAUUUUAAUCCAAGCAAGUUCGUUGUACAUACUUGCCUUCUGAUAUUUACAAUUCUAUUCGCCUUGAAAUUAGAUAAGUGCGUGUCCUGGUCGUUUUGGAUCGUCUUUACUCCGAUAUGGGUCUGGAAAGUUUUAGUGAUAAUGGGCGCAAUUGUAGGCAGCUACGUGUGGUGGAGGUAUCCCCAUUUCAGACUGGAAGGUGAGGCCUACGUACAUUACAAAUCGAUGCUGAUAUCACUAGCAUUGCACUUGAUAUUACUUAUGUUCGAGCUGCUGGUGUGCGACAAGCUCGAAUCCGCAAGGCACUUGUGGAUUUUAGUGUUUAUACCUUUAAUUUUUAUAUCGAUUGUAAGCGUUGCCGUUUGUAUAUGGGCUGUAAAACACGAUAGAUCUUUUGAGCUUGAACUUUUCUGUGCUGUGAACGUUUUACAAUUUAUCUUUCUUGCCUUGAGAUUAGAUGGGUUUAUAUCAUGGUCGUGGGAGGUGGUAUUCGUACCACUUUGGAUCGUAAUGUGUCUCUCGUUGGUGGGUGUUUUGUAUACCAUAAUUUUCGCUGCCAUUUUACUACGAACUCCUGAAGUCAGUGCUCAACAACGAAGGAGUAGCUUCCAUUCCGCUGUCGGGUACACUUUUUUAGUCAUCCCUAUUCUUGUCUUUCAGGUUUUGUUAGCGGACAAAUUAGACGAUGAUAUUAGAUUAUCAUAUAUCGCUGUUGCCAGCCCCCUUUUUGUAUCGUUUGUUACGCUUAUUUUAAUGUCGUUCAGUGCCAAAGGAGGAAAUAAAUGGUGGUUCGGGAUGAGAAAAGACUUCUGUUCGUUCGUGUUAGGAGCAUGUCCGCUUCUUCAAGAAUAUGCCAACAUUGCGUAUCAUAGCGAAAGACGUACGAACGGCGUGGAAUUGGAGUCGCAAAUCGUCGGCGCCAAGGAAAAGACCGUAAAGAGAGCGGAUUUGUUGAAGCCAGUCGUACCCAUUAUUUCGAUAGAGAUACCAGACUGAAUAUAUUUAUUGUUAGCGUAGGACCUUGUACUAGGUUAAGCCCUCGACAAACACAAUUUAUCCGGAAAGUUUUUCAUAACCGAUUUGUGAAACGUUUUUACUAAUAAUUAGACGCGUAAGAUAUGCUGUACGAAGGGAUGCACAAGUGUUGAGAGGGCUUGGGUUAACAAUAUGUAUUUUUUUUAUUUAUACAAUAUACAAAAAUUGAAAUAGACGUAUAAUAAUAAAACGUUUAAAUUU